AUGGCUGGAGACGAGAGGCCAUUCCACUGCAGCCAGUGUGGUGUCUCCUUCACCCAGAAGGGCAAUCUGCUGAGACACGUGAAGCUCCACUCUGGCGAGAAACCCUUCAAGUGCCCCUUCUGCAGCUACGCCUGCCGCCGACGCGAUGCCCUGACCGGACACCUGCGCACUCACUCGGUGGGGAAACCGCACAAAUGCAACUUAUGUGGGCGGAGCUACAAACAGCGGGCGUCGUUGGAGGAGCACAAGGAGCGCUGCCAUAGCUACAUGCAGAGGGUCAAUGCAAACUCUGCCCCAAAUUCUGGACCAUACCAAGCAGAGGAGUCUCUUAAGGAACAGCAGCCCUUGAUGGACGCCGUGUCCAUCGCGUCCUUUGACCGCCCGCCCGUGAUCGAGAGGCUGCAGGGCAAUGUGGGAAAGAGGAAGAGCACCACGCCUCAGAAAUUUGUUGGUGAGAAGCUUAUGCACUAUGGCUAUCCCGAGCAGCCAUAUGACAUGGCCCUGAAGUAUGAUAAGGAGGCGGAACUUAUGCAAGCCCAGAUAAUGGACCCGACUAUCAGCAGUGGCGUCGCUUAUCUAGGUGCUGACCCCAUGCGGCCCCUCCUCCACCACCCAGCCUUAACUAUGAUCAACCCCCUCUCCCAGAAUUACAGCCUAGGGCCCCGUGAUGCCCCGCUCCCACCGCCCCCGCCCCCAGAGCUACCCCCGUCCUCCAAUGGCCCCCCUCUGGUCCGUCCCAAACACCCCCUGGCACGCCACGGUGAGUCGCCUAGCAACAGCCGCCCGGGUUCCACGGGCUCUGAGCGCGGCAGUCCUCCCGAGAGGGCGGGCCAGCGUCUAAACCACACCCCCUGGGCCGGAUCCAGCCUCGCCCACCACAGGAAGGAGGCGGCGGAGCCCGGUGAGCAGGAAGCAGCCAGCGACCGCGCAGAGGGCAUCCGCGUUUUCAGCCGGGAGGGGCGGGAGCUGCGGGCAUUCCGCUGCAGGCACUGCCGCGUGCUCUACCUGGACCACGUCAUGUUCACUAUCCACAUGGGCUGCCAUGGUUACAGGGACCCCCUGGAGUGCAACAUCUGCGGCCACCGCAGCGAGGACCGCUACGAAUUCUCCUCACACAUUGUCCGCGGAGAGCACACCUUCCAGUAGAGGGCAGCAGCUGACAGACUGCGCUCAGAGGAAGGGCCACCCUUCGUGCGAGUCUCACUGAAGCUAGGCCUGUGCAAACAUCCACCGACACGUACACUGGGCCUGCGUAUGGCGGUCUGAAGUCCAAAUUUCUCUGGUACCCCUGCCCUUCCUCUCGCAAAAAUCUUGCCUUCUUUGCUACUCCAACAAUCUCAUACAUGUAAAGGGACUCUGCUCAUUGCAUGCUGAUAUCCAUUUAGCAAAUGUGCUAACAAUGGUCUGCUGUAUCAGUUUUUUUAUACCGCUCACUAAUGUGCUUAGCCCACUUGGGCUGCUACAGUUUAGCCCUUUUGUGGGCACGCCAUAGAUUUUAUUCUAGGGUUCAAAUUUAAACAUUGUUGGGCUAAUGUCCCCAAAGAAAUAUCAGGCCAUCUGUUUCACUUGACCAGAUGUCCAACGGACAAAAUCACAGAUUGUAAAACAGCCUAUUAGGACCUGGUACAGCCCUCUCAGUAAAGAGCUGAGGACUCUUGGGGAAGUGGGAAUGAGCGUUAUCAUAAGGCAGACUGGUCUAUGAAAAACACUUUUUUUUUUUUACAUAAGACUGGUCUUAUGGGAACGGGAGGGCAAGCUAGUGACUGUCUCACCAGAUGGGGCUGGAUGGAGUGUGACAUCAAGCAGUAGAUGACGGAAAUCUGUAGUUGAGUCAUUCCAAAGACUGGCAAUUUUGCCACACUCAGCUGAACAUCCGGAGGGCAGACGCCCUGCCAAGUACAAGCUUGCUCACCACCUCCUUUACCAAAGCUAUGAACACAGUCUUCUUUCCUGUGACAGACUUGGGGUGACCUGAUCUGGAAACACAUCUUUAGUUGGUCUUGAAAUGGACCUUCUGCAUCCUCUUUAUAAAUCUCUGUACCAAAAAAGGGUACGAUGAGACUUUUGCUGAGGACUAGAGGCAUGGUCUCAUACACUGUGCCUUGUAAAUAUGAAAAAAUGGUACAUAAGCAACACACACACACACACACACACACACACGCACUGCAAAGUCCCCUAGCCACUCAUAUAAGGAUUUUGUUUUUGGGCUGUUCCAAAAAUGAGUGAAAUUAACUGAUGAAGGAAGACCAAUAUCAAUCCUAUAUAAUUACUUCAAUGUGCUGUUUUCUCUCUUAUUUUUCUAGAAAAUGUGAACAAAAAAUAUGUGACAAGGCAGUUAUUUUAUUUCAUUUAUUUCCCAGUAGACUUUGUAUAAAUAUAGUCCACAGACAGGAUCCAUAAAGUUUGGGAUUCUGAAAAAGAAAUGAAGCAUUUUUGUGAAUACUUGAAUUACACAAAAAACUGAACAUAUUACUAUGUUGCAGUUAUGAUAAUGAAAAUGAAAUGAAAAUACAAUAAAUUAUAAAUUAUUUUUGGAUUAUUUGUGAUAACUGGCGAUCAGUGACCUUGUAAAGCAUUGCAGAAAUAUAUAUAAUGGGAUAAGUACAUUUAUGUUUCUUAUAUUUAUGUUUUUUUAUAUUUCUUAUUUUGGCUCAUAUGUAUAAAUUAACUUUCAAAUGGCUUUAACUGUCAAAUGGCUUUAAAUGUUUAAAUAAAUUGUGGGAUGCCA